AUGAAACCAUCUAAACUGCAAGAUCAUCUGAGAAGAUGCCACCCUGAUAAAACAGAGAAAGAUUUGAAAUACUUUCAAACACUCAAAGAUAAAUUUUCGAAGAGACCUACACUGGACAGAAUGUUCGCUUCGACGUCACAAAGAAAUGAUGAUGGUUUGCGGGCGUCUUACAAUAUCUCGUUACUUAUAGCAAAAUCCGGAAAACCGCAUACUAUCGGAGAGAAGUUAAUUUUUCCAGCCGUUGAAGAGGUUUUAAAAACUGUUUUACACUAA